AUUUGAUCCGAGCGCUCAAAUAGACCGUCAACUGUCAAUUCACUGCGUGCGUUAGUACACAUCAUUCAAUAGUACAGAUCUGCCAACAUGAAACUCGACUUUGAGGAGCUAAACUUUCAGGACAAUUUUUGACAACCUCCGCGAUAUCUCUGCCCUUCUGAAGACUCGAAUGCGGAAGAUGGAGCCUCGAACUAAACUCGGGAGGAUUUUCACAGUUCUGGGUCUCGUAUUUGUGACUUUAGCGGUCCUGAAAGAGAACAUUGCAAGUGCAACGUCUGAAUGUGAGCUUCCCAUUGAGCAUGGGGAGUUAGCCUGGCAGUCAAACCUCACUGGCACAGUGGUGGACGUCAAAUGGAACUAUGGCAAGGAAAAUUGCAAUUCUGAGGGGUCGUGUUUCGGAGUCAACGGCACGCAGAACGUUCCCGUGGACGUGCAGUUGAAGCCAGUCCAGAUUCAGCGCGGACAAGUAGUCAGAUUUGUGCCGGGCGGAUCUUUCAGCAUGCAGGCCUUCCGCGUCGACCUGGAAGCCUUUGAUGCCUGUGACUCAUCUCACGGACAAGCCGUCUCAGACCGGCCGUCCACCGCGCCGUUCGUCGUAGAGGAACGAUAUCUCGCCUUGGGCAGUAAUCUCUUCAUAGUAACGUCUCCCAACCCACUGUUCCAAUGUCGGCUGGGCCUGCGCGUCAACAUCACGGUGAAGGACAACACGUGCCAUUACCCAGAAUCCCCUGCGGGCAUGCUCUGUUUGGACCACGGCCACUGCGCGACCUCCGUCACCCAGGAAAAUUAUGCCUGCCACUGUUGCGCGGGUUUCACCGGUCCCCACUGCGAGGAAUACGACGGGUGCCAGUCGAACAGCUGCGCGGCCGGCUCCACCUGCGUGGACAAGCAACAAGGCUACGACGGCUACGACUACCAGUGCGUCUGCCAGCGGGGCAUGAUGGGAGAACACUGCGAGCUGGAAGCGGACGAGUGCGUCAGCAGUCCCUGCGUGCACGGGAUAUGCCAGGACCGGGUCAACGGUUACCAGUGUUACUGUACACCAGGUUACACGGGAACUCACUGCGAGUCGGAGUACAACGAGUGCGUCUCCAGCCCCUGCCGAAACGGCGGUACCUGCCUCGACAUCUUGAACCGCUACGAGUGUGCCUGCGGCCCCGGCUACACCGGCCAGCACUGCCAGACCAAAGUGGACCUGUGCGCCAGCCAGCCGUGCAACAACGCCACGAAAUGCGAGGACCUGGGAAACACGUACACGUGCCAGUGCUCGUCCGGUUUUUGGGGAGCACACUGUGAUGAGAACGUGGAUGAGUGCGAGUCCAUGCCAUGUCUCAACGGUGGAAGCUGUCUGGAUGGCAUCAACUCUUACAUAUGUCACUGCCCACCAGGAAUCAUCGGCACACACUGCGAAAUUUUGGAGAGCCGGACAGUCCUUGAAGUUCAAGAGAAGGACAACUGGCGCUUCUACGUGGUCAUUGGCUGCCUGGCGGGGGCGUUGCUCUUCGCUGUCUGCAUGAUGGUGGUCUGCGUCUGUGCGCUCCAGAGCCGAACCGAGUCCAACAAAGUCGGCCACUAUGAUCCCAUGUCUGAUCUCAGAAAAACGGGUUACACAUACGACGUGAGCAGCGCUUGCGAGACGCGCCCUUCCAAGCAGGCCAUCUAUGAAGUCACCACCGUGGAUUACCGCAACAACCCAGACGAACCUCUCAUCUCCUCCCUCAAACCACGGGUCAUCUAAAGAAAAAAAAUAUUAGUAAUAAAAAUCACCGUCCGCCAAUAACAAAUCUUUGGAAUUUGGAGUUAAAUUUUACCCUUGACCAAGUGGGAAAUUCCAGGGACCAAUUUCGGAGACCUGCUGGGCCGAAAAAGAAAUUGUAUGUGCUGAGCAAAAUCUAGCGGGGAACCAGUUAUGGGCAAUGUACACUGUAUGACAUUUUGGCCGGUUACCUGUUUCUGCUAAGCAGAUAUUUUCUGUGCUAAGCAAAGUUCUCUGCUAAAGCCCAUUGCACACCUUUCUGAUUUGACCGGUUCACUGGAUCAUCAGGCCAUCGGACGGAGGUGUGGGCUGGAAAAUCGGACCGAUCUGAUGACCGUACACCGGGCUUGAUUUUUUUUUUUGCAUCCGAUUUCACUGGAUCCGAUGUCACCGAAAAGGUUUGCGGGCGGCACUGGAUACAGUAUUAUGUAAACCAAUCAGAUUCACGAAGGCAGUCACACGAUUCAAAAUUGACGGUUGCCAUUUUGUCAUCAUGUGACCGAUUAUAGAACGGAAUCGGGCAUGGGUGCGGUUAACGUUGCGGUCUAAUCACAACGGUGAAAAAAAACCAUACCGGUGAUCCGCUGAACUCAUCCGGUAAAAUCAGAAAGGUGUGUGCCGGACUUUAAAUGGGAGUGGGGGGGGGGGGGGGGG